UCUUUUGGCCGAAGAUCUCCAGCCAGAUCUGCCCGCCAUGUCGGCCGCGCCCCGCCUCCUGCACCAGGAGCUGUCCUGCCCGCUGUGCCUGAAGCUGUUCGACGCGCCCGUGACCGCAGAGUGUGGCCACAGCUUCUGCCGCGCCUGCCUGGGCCGCGUGGCCGGGGAGCCGGCGGCGGACGGCACGGUGCCCUGCCCGAGCUGCCAGGCGCCCACGCGGCCGCAGGCGCUCAGCACCAACCUGCAGCUGGCACGCCUGGUGGAGGGGCUGGCGCAGGUGCCGCAGGGCCACUGCGAGGAGCACCUCGACCCACUGAGCAUCUACUGUGAGCAGGACCGCGUGCUCGUGUGCGGCGUGUGCGCCUCGCUCGGCUCGCACCGCGGGCACCGCCUGCUGCAGGCCUCCGAGGCCCACGCCCGCCUCAAGACACAGCUCCCACAGCAGAAGGAGCAGCUGCAGGAGGCGUGCGCGCGCAAGGAGAAGAGCGUGGCUGUGCUGGAGCAUCAGCUGGUGGAGGUGGAGGAGACGGUGCAACAGUUCCGGGGGGCUGUGGCGGAGCAGCUGGGCAAGAUGCGGGUGUUCCUGGCUGCCCUGGAGGGCUCACUGGACCGGGAGGCCGAGCGUGUGCGGGAGGAGGCCGGGGUGGCCUUGCGGCGGGAGCUGGGGGGCGUGAACUCUUACCUGGAGCAGCUGCGGCAGAUGGAGAAGGUGCUGGAGGAGGUGGCAGACAAGCCACAGACGGAGUUCCUCAUGAAAUACUGCCUGGUGACCAGCAGGCUGCAGAAGAUCCUGGCAGAGUCGCCGCCCCCAGCACGUCUGGACAUCCAGCUGCCUAUCAUCUCAGAUGACUUCAAAUUCCAGGUGUGGAGGAAGAUGUUCCGGGCGCUGAUGCCAGCGCUGAGCGAGCUGACCUUGGACCCCAGCACGGCCCACCCGAGCCUGGUGCUGGCGCCCUCGGGCCGCCGCGCGGAGUGCUCGGAGCAGAAGGCGCCGCCGGCCGGGGAGGACCCGCGCCAGUUCGACAAGGCCGUGGCGGUGGUGGCGCGCCAGCUGCUCUCCGCGGGCGAGCACUACUGGGAGGUGGAGGUGGGCGACAAGCCGCGCUGGGGCCUCGGCGUGAUGGCGGCCCAGGCCAACCGCCGCGGCCGGCUGCACGCGGUGCCCUCGCAGGGCCUCUGGCUGCUGGGGCUGCGCGAGGGCAAGAUCCUGGAGGCGCACGUGGAGGCCAAGGAGCCGCGGGCGCUGCGCACGGGGGAGCGGCGGCCCACGCGCAUCGGCAUCUACCUGAGCUUCGGCGACGGCGUCCUCGCCUUCUACGACGCCAGCGACAGCGACGCGCUCGAGCUGCUCUUCGCCUUCCACGAGCGCCUGCCCGGGCCGGUGUACCCCUUCUUCGACGUGUGCUGGCACGACAAGGGCAAGAACGCGCAGCCGCUGCAGCUCGUGGGGCCUGCGGAGGAGGCCUGAGGCUGCGUCCGGGAGGGUGCGGAGCCCUGGG